UCUGCCCCGCUCCAAAACGUGCCUCUAUAUUUAGUGGAGGUCGGCGCGUGCAAGUUCGAGCAGCCAAGAAUACGAAAGCUGCGCUGCUAUCGGCAGCCUCGUCGUCGUAAUCGAAUGUAAAGUUUGAAUUAGGAGAAAAAACGAGAAGAUGUAACUGUGUCUUUGAUUGAGAAAAAGGAGAAGAAAAAUAAGCGCGAGUGUUAAGUGGUAUUAUUGAACAAUACGAGCAGGACGCUCGACAACGUUGAACUAACAACCGCACGAUCUCAUCUUGUACUUCCCGACGAUUAUAAUUUUGGGCCGAAAAUAGUUGGGACGAGCUGCGUAAGAAGUGUGCAGUCUACUAGACGGCUAAACUCAUUCAUACGCUUUGAAAAAGUGCUAUUGAUAGGUUUUUAAGCCAUAUGUCAAUUCGACAGUUUAGCCACAGUCUGGGCAUCGACUCGACGCUGAUGAUUAUAAAUAAACCUUUCUGCUCGCCAAUAAGGAUGCGCUAGCAAAUUGCACUCGGCAGGCAAUCGUCUCGAUCGAGAAGGAAAAGAUGUGUGCUCGCUUGCUGGCAUGUCCGUUAUGCUCGCAACCGGGUUUCCUGACACUGGAUUCACUGCGAGCUGGUCUUGUCAGUGUGUCGACGCGUCCACUGGCGUGCCCAGUUUGCAACGAAGUGCUACUGGGUAUCGACAAGCUGACCAUUCACUUGUUCGGCCACACGGUCAGUUCCGGUAACACACCAGUCGGCGGCGGCAACGAGUCCGCCAAGCUCAUCGAGAACGCCAACAACGCCCAAAUCGUGCGCAGCGCCAUUCAGUCGUGGAAUGUGCUGGACGCGAACAACGUCCAGGUGAAGGAUACCAGCAGAGAUAACACGGGCAGUGGGAUCUACAUACCCAUCGACGAGAUCGAGACUUUUCGCAACCUGACGACCAUCAAGGACGGGAGUGGCAUGAUUCCGGUGCAGAGCGCACAGAACGGCGCGCAGAACGGCCCGAGCCAGGUGAUUUUCCUGCAGAACGUCGGCUCUCAACCCAAGCUAUUCUCGGCAGACCUGAUGGAGCCGAUAGUCAAGCCGCACGAGCAGGCGAGCCUCUAUCAGACGAUCCAGGCGGCGACGGGCGUAGCUUGCAACGGCAUGGCGGAGCCGAACGCGAGUGCCGAUCUGAUAGAGCUCGGGGCUCCAAGCCGUGCCGCUGAACUCGAGCAGCAGCAAAGUGCACGGGUAUCGCUGCCGAGCGACGAGUGCCGAAGCCUUCGGUUUCUUGACGAGGGCGCGAUUUCUCUGUUCCAGGCCUCGUGGCGCGAAGGCGCGAAGCCCAGCGAGUCCUCUCCCGCGUUCCCCCAGAGAUCCCACACGGACCGCCUCGAGGAGCUCGUCAAAUCCGCUCAGAUCAGCUCCUCGCCGCUGGGCACAUUCCACGAGGCGUACGACUGCUCGAGGCCCGCCUCGCCGAAGGCGGCCGAGGCGACGGCGACGAGCAGCGGCAAGCCGGUCGUCAAAUCCACCCAGAUACUCGCGGCCGGCGAGCGCAUGGAGCGCUGCAACGUCUGUGGCAUCAGCUUCCCGGGGCGCAACGUCUUGAUUCUGCACAAGCAGCUCGUGCACAUGAUCAAAGAAAAGGACGCGAGCGUGUCGCCGGACGACCUCAUGAAGAAUUAUCCGUGCCACCUGUGCACCAAGGUCUUCAAGAUGCGCGGCAGUCUGAUGGUCCACAUGAGAGUCGCUCAUCCCGGAGUCCAUGUGCCAAGAGCGUCGAAGCCGGCCCCGAAGCCGAUUCAAGAGCCAACUCAAGAGCCGAUUCCAGAGCCGAUUCAAAACGACGAGCCAGCGAGCGACGAGCCCGAGGGCAACUACAUCUGCCCGACGUGCGGCAAGAGUUUCAAAAAGGAGCACCAAGUCACCCAGCACAUCAAAAUCCACGACACCAAGCAGUUCGAGUGCGACAUCUGCAGCAAAAUGUUCACUACCAAGUACUUCCUGAAGAAGCACAAGCGCCUGCACUCGGGCGAGAUGCCCUACAAGUGCAACAUUUGCGACAAGACCUUCACCUUUCAGCAGUCUUAUCACAAGCAUCGACUCUAUCACAAAGACGACAAGCCGCACACUUGCAACACUUGCGGCCGCUCUUUCAAAGAAUUGUCCACGCUGCAUAAUCACGAGAGGAUUCACACCGGCGAGAAACCCUUCUCUUGCGAAACUUGCGGCAAAUGUUUCCGGCAAAGGGUGUCUUACUUGGUGCACCGUCGUAUUCACACUGGCGCAAUGCCAUACGAGUGUCUGGCUUGCGGCAAAAGCUUCAGAUACAAGGUCAGUCAAAGGACUCACAAGUGUCCAAUGCAGCCGCAAGACGGCUCGGAGCAGCGAUCCGGUGAGGCGUCGCAAGCUUCCUUGGACAACGACAAUUUCGAGAUGAGAGACACGCUGGAGAUGUCGUCGCAAGACGAGCACAGCAUGGACGAUUCGGUGACCAGCGAAGAUAAUCAGUACAUCUUGGUUUUGGGCAACGACGGUCAGCACGUACUGAAAAAAAAGACGGAGGUCGGCAAUGAAUCUAACCAAACUUCGACGAGCGAACAAACCGCCAAGCAAACAAACCAACAAGCCAACGGCGAGAGCCACGCUGUAAUGAGCAAUAUGUGGAGCGAAGAACAGCCCCAUCGAAUGGAAUUCAAAGAAGACAGUUGUUCCAAGAGCGAAGACGCGACUGAGAACGCCAACUUGUGGGGUGAAUCGUUCAAUACCAAGAACGUCAAUCAACAUGAAAAUUCGAACGAAUUGUGGAGUCAGAUAGCAAAGCGAAAUGCCUCAGCUGAAAAACCAUUCGACAAGAACGACUCGAGCAACACGCGCGAUUUCCUAUCGAUGAUACUGGAUAACGAGAUGACAACUCCGUCCGCGGAAAUGGAACACUUGAGGCUGUCAUCGCCAGUCAACAGUUCGGAAAACAAUUCGAGCGAGACCAAGGACUGCUUUCCACCGAUGAACAGCAGCGCCAGUGCAGUGCAAGUGGACCACCAUCAUCGUGCAGAUGAGACGUUCAGUAGUAGUAAUCUGUCGACCCUGCAAACCAUCAACGAAGACUCGCUUAAAGAGUUGUUAAACAGCAUCGCCGAUAAAUAAGAAAGCACAAUUAUUCAUUGUGAUUCUAUACUCUAACGUUUACUGCAUUACCAGU